AUGCUUUGUUUGAAGCAGGUUUGCUUGUUCACACUGAGACGGUACCAAGCUCGAACUCUGUGUAGUGAUCUGCUUUUGAGCCAGAUAAAUGGCUGCACCCAUGAAGAUGAAGUGUUCAGCCUUGUUGGAAGGAACAAGGCCAGACUUUCUGAGAAGCAUGUGGGAAUUGCAUUGAACGUGCUGUGGCAAUUGCAAAAGAAUAGGCCCUUUCUCUUAAGGACUACUGACUAUGUAAGAAAUCACUCCCAGUUCCUUACCCUUUGCGUUUUGGCAGAAAACAAGGUGGAACUCAUGGAAGAUGAGGUGAUAGUGGACAUCUUGUAUAGCAUCCUGAGGCUCAAUGUUGAAGACCACGUUUCUCUAGCAAAAGUGCUUGUUACAGAAGCAUGGAAAAGAUUAGAAAGGCUUAGUUUGCCUGCUUUGUCUAAAUUCGCUCUGUGCUUAUACAAGCAACACAGGCAAUUCAGUCCCAUAAUUGGCCAAGUAGCUCAUAUUGUGGACAUGAAACUGGAUUCUAUAAAGGAUCUAAGGAUCUUGUCAGUUUUGAUGAUGACCAUAUCUGAAGUUAUCACAGAGAGUUUUCGAGAUCGACUUCUACACAAGGCUGAGCGGCUCUUAGAAGAAGAGCAUGAAGUCCACUUCAACUAUGCCAGAAGAAUACUACAGUUUCUCCAAAAUGUUAAACUGAAGUAUCAUCCUGUGCUAGAAAAAUGCAACAGAGUUUUCCUUAAAAGUGCCUCCCAUCUUGAUGUACACAAUAUUAGUCGUAUUUUUGGACUGUAUGAGCAGCUGGGUUUUGACAAUGCUGAAUUUCGCUUGAUUGCUAAACAGCUGCUAUCUGAAGCUAUAGAUGAUUAUUAUGAUCCUGAAACAUUUGCAAAAUUAUUUUUUUCUCUUGGGCCUAUGGCAGGAUCCAAGGUUAGAGAAAGGUUGCUGGUAACUGCAGUAAACAUGGCAGAAGAAUUUAGCAGUCACCAAAUAUUGAUGAUACUGAAGACUUUGCGGAAAAUGAAAUGCAGAAAUUCUCAUCUACUCAAAAAAAUGACUUCUGUUCUGCACAAACACUUGGACAGCUAUCACGUAUUACAGUUGGUAAAGUUAACACAGUACUUGGUGGUGUUGCAUUGCCAGGAUCUGGAGCUGUUUGCCAAACUAAAAACGUUACUAUUAGGUUAUUUAAAAUCUAGUGUGAUACCUGCUGAUACUGCAGCUGUAAUUCGUGUUCUGGCCAUGCUUCCUUCUUUCCAAGUGGAGGAAAUGAUUAUAAACAAAGCAGCAGCAGUUUUGCCUCAAUGCAGACUCCAUCAUUUGAGUUGCAUUGCUACAGCUCUUGUCAAGUGGAAUCAUCAUGGCCAGUUUCACUGGCAAAACAGCUCUGAGCUAUGUGCCAAGCUUCUGCAAAAAGUAAAUGACUGUGGAUUACAGAGGCUUCAGAAAGCCAACAACUUAAAUCUUCUGCUGGAAGAACUUUCAUAUGUGAAUGGAGAGUGGUUUGAAGAAGUCCUGAAUGAGGAAACUCUGGCCAUGUGUCGACUCUUGAUAGAUCAAAUAACAUGGGCAAAUGUUUUACCUUUGUCUUUUUUCCUCAUAAAAUCAGAGCACCGUUGUCCUGCAUUAUUUGACAGAAUAGCAUCUGUGACUGUUGAAAAUAUAGAAAAGGUGUCCCAGUUUUUCUUUCUAUCCACUAUUCCCACCUCUGAAAUCUAUUUUAUUCUCUUCCUUUUCUCUGCUUUGAAUUAUGACCCUCCUGAAAAUGAAGAAUUCUUUAAGAGUUGUAUCCAGCAUCUUACUUCUAACUUGAGUCAUCUUGAAACUCAUCACUUGGUGCUGCUUGCUCAUGUUUUGGCAAUGGCUGGGUAUUUCCCUCCAGUUCUGAUCACGACGAUAUUUAAUAUUUCUUUCCUAAGCAAAUUGGAUGCUCAACUUAAUGUCCUGCCAGAUAUGGUGAAGCAGAGGGUCCACUCGAGCCUCAUGAAAUUGAACAGAGCAGUCUGUCUGGAAUGCCCAGAGUUUCACAUCCCUUGGUUUCAUGAGCCAUACUGCCAACGUGUCUUUCAUAACAGCAUGAGCCAAAUAAAUCCACAGCGACAGCAUAUUCACAGAAUGCUGACAGAGAUCUUAGGAGGGAGCCAUUACUCAAGAGUAUCUGUUCUCACACCAUACUGCUAUGAAAUAGAUUUUGAGUGUGUCCUGGAUGUAAAUAAAAAGCCUCUUUCCUAUAUGGCUCAGAAUACAGCUUUGAGUGGUAUGGGGGGAACACACUUGAGACAUCACAUCAAGGAUGAAGGGACAAAGGCUCUGCCUCCAGGAGCUCAAAGAAUUGCUUUGGAAUUUCUUGAUUCAAAAGCUUUUAGCAAAGAUUAUUCACGUCAUCUGAAAGGAGAACCUGCAGUGAAAAAGCGACACCUGGAAAUGCUGGGGUACCGAGUGGUUCAGAUUCCUCACUUUGAAUGGAAUUCUAUGGUUCUGUCAACAAAAAGUGAACAGCUGGAAUACCUGAGACAGCAGCUAUAUGGAAUACAGUGAUACCAGACACCCAGUCUAAAAUCUGCACAAAGUGAUCUGAAACAAAAUCACGGGCAGAAAAGGCGAGUCUUGGGCAAUCAAGCAGAACACCUAACCGAAGGAUGGCCAG